CAAAAUACCAUCGAGGCCAACGGCUGUGUAAACAAACAGGGGUGCUGGGCAGCCUCCCGAAAGGAAAACAGAACAACAGAAAAGGCUAAUGAAAAUAAUCAAAUGGCGUUGGAGCAGCAUCUUCAUCUGUGAAAGUUCUCACCUGAAGGGGACCCUGGCCAUUGUCCUCUUUGUAGGAAACAUUGCCUUUGUGAUAUCUCAGGACAACGCGCAGACGUCAAACAGCCUCGAAGAAGGAGCAGAUGUCACGGCACACUGGUGGGGGGAGUGGACCAAAUGGACAGCAUGCACCAGAACCUGUGGGGGAGGUGUCAAAUCCCAGGAGCGGCACUGUCUCCGGCAGAGAAGAAAGUCAGUGAGUGGGCUUGCUAACAAAACUUGCACUGGGACAUCCAAAAGAUACCAGCUCUGCAAAGUACAAGAGUGCCCUCCUACCGGAAGGAGCUUUCGAGAGGAACAGUGUUCAUCAUUUAACUCCCAUGUGUAUAACGGAAGAACGUAUCAAUGGAAACCUUUAUAUCCUGAUGACUAUGUUCACAUUUCUAGCAAGCCCUGUGACCUCCAUUGCACCACUGUGGAUGGUCAGAGACAGUUAAUGGUUCAGGCUCGGGAUGGAACAUCCUGCAAAUACACUGAUUUCCGAGGGGUUUGCGUGUCUGGAAAAUGUGAGCCAAUUGGAUGCGAUGGGAUUCUAUUUUCCACCCACAUGUUGGAUAAAUGUGGGGUUUGCCAAGGGGAUGGGAGUAGCUGCACUCAUGUAACUGGGAGUUACAGAAAAGGAAAUUCUCAUCUCGGCUAUUCUCUGGUAACGCACAUUCCUGCUGGAGCCAGAGAUAUCCAGAUAGUAGAACGGAAAAAAUCGGCAGAUGUUUUGGCUGUUGCAGAUGAAGCUGGAUACUAUUUUUUCAAUGGGAAUUACAAAGUCGACAGCCCAAAGAACUUCAACAUUGCAGGCACGGUGUUCAAGUACAGGAGGCCUAUGGAUGUUUAUGAGACUGGCAUAGAAUAUAUCGUCGCUCAGGGGCCGACUAAUCAAGGCUUGAAUAUAAUGGUAUGGAACCAAAAUGGCAAGAACCCAUCCAUAACAUUUGAAUAUACUCUUCUAAGGAAGCCACAUUCAAAAAUUAUUCAGCCUAUUUAUUACACCUUUUCUGACUCCGAGAGCGAGGAAAGCAGAGAGUUUGAUGGAGAAGUGCCGUUGGGGUUUAGCCAGCGCAAUGCAAGCUACUUCGGGAAACUCUCCAGGGAAAGGAUAGAUCUGGCGAACCAGGUGUUUGGGAGGCAGGACACUGAGGAAGACCUGAACUUGAGCAAAGGUCAGGAAACCAAUGAAGUUUAUGAAAGAUCAGAAGCAAUUGACUGUGAACCAAAACUGAAGGGCAAACAACCCAAAGAUUCAAACGCAACCAGGUCUGCUUACCUGACAGAGAGAGAUGACAGAGACUUUGACUCGCGAUUCACCUCCAAGGAGUUCCUGUCAGAAAACGCAAUCACCGACAAGCUUCUGGACAAAACCUCGGACUCGAAAGAAUUAGUCCGGAACAUGACCACGAACAGCAUCUUUGCCCAAGGGGACCCAAUCAACUCUGUGGGGUCGCACAUAGACAGCCUUUACGUCGACUACGAAGACAACGAAGGGGCUGUGAUGUACAGCAUCAACGGCACCUACAUGGAGCUGAGCAGCGACAAAAUAAUCAACACUUCAUCGGAGACUCCGUUUUCGAAUGCUACCAUUACCCUGACAAGCCCCCAAGGGAACAGAACCCACAAAGCAAGAAACAGAUUGAAGUUGUUAAGGAAGGGCCAAGGGGUGAGUGCUGCUGACAUGUACAGGUGGAAGCUUUCCUCCCACGAACCCUGCAGCUCUACAUGCACCACAGGAGUGAUGUCUACGUAUGCAAUGUGUGUUCGUUAUGAUGGGAUCGAAGUGGAUGAUACGUACUGUGAUGCCAUGACCCGUCCCGAGCCUGUCCAUGAGUUCUGUGCUGGAAGAGAAUGCCAGCCAAGGUGGGAGACGAGUAGCUGGAGCGAGUGUUCCCGCACCUGCGGGGAAGGAUACCAGUUUCGCAUCGUCCGAUGCUGGAAGAUGAUCUCCCCUGGUUUUGACAGCUCUGUCUAUAGCGAUCUGUGCGAAUCUGCUGAUAUUACCCGGCCGGACGAACGCAAAAUCUGCAAGAACCCAGCAUGUGGGCCUCAGUGGGAAAUGUCUGAGUGGUCAGAGUGUUCGGCCAGGUGCGGCGAGAGGAGCGUGGUGACCAGGGAUAUCCGGUGCUCGGAAGAUGAGAAGCUGUGUGAUGUGAACACCAAGCCGCCGGCUGAGAAGAACUGCACUGGGCCCCCCUGCGACCGGCAAUGGACCGUGUCUGACUGGGGACCGUGCAGUGGCAGCUGCGGGCAGGGGAGGAUGAUCAGGCACGUGUACUGUAAAACCAGCGAUGGCCGUGUGGUGCCAGAGUCCCAGUGCAACCUGGAGACCAAGCCGCUUGCUAUCCACCCCUGUGGGGACAAGAACUGUCCUUCCCAUUGGCUGGCACAGGACUGGGAACGGUGCAACACCACGUGCGGCCGGGGGGUGAAGAAGAGGAUAGUGCUGUGCCUGGAGAUCGUCAACGGGAAAAUCAAAACACGGAACCCCACCGACUGUGACGUCACCAAGAAACCCAUAGAAGAAACCACUUGCUUUGAGCGGCCUUGUUUCAAGUGGUACACGACUCCCUGGUCUGAGUGCACCAAAACCUGCGGCGUUGGCGUGAGAAUGCGAGAUGUGAAGUGCUACCAGGGCCCAGAUAUUGUUCGUGGCUGUGACCCGCUUGUGAAGCCUGUUGGUAAACAAACCUGUGACCUGCUGCCCUGCCCCACUGAGCCACCAGAUGACAGCUGUCAGGACCAAGCUGGAACGAACUGUGCUUUGGCAAUCAAAGUGAAUCUCUGCAGCCACUGGUAUUACAGCAAAGCCUGCUGCAGGUCCUGCAGGGCUCCCCACUCCUAGUGGAGAGAUUAGACUAAUUACUGCAGCACUUGGAGACGGAGGGAAUUAAGAGUAGACUCAUUUUGAGCAUCCAGCAUUUGGCAGAAGUAACAUACACCAGGGUGAUGCUCCCGGGUUAGACGUAACCACUUACCGAUAGCUCAUCAUACCGGCAUUAUUAAGCGUUAAAUGUGCCGCAAACUUGGGGUAAGGAUGUUUUCUUCCACCACUGCACAACUGCUAUUCUGAUUCCUCACAGCGGAGGGAAAUGGCACCAACAUUUUGUUUCGAAGCUGACACGAAAGCUUCGUUACUACUGUACAUUGGUAGCAUGUGAUUAUCAAAAGCUGUACAUAGAAUCUUGUAUAUUUGAUUCACUCUUAAUUCCAAACAGUCACUUGUUUUAAAAGGCCUGUUCUUUGUUUUCUGCACGAGUUUCAAAUUGAGAACGUCAAAGUGUCAGUCGUGAAAUUAAAGCACCAUUAUGUUUGCCUUAGCAGAGGCUCCUAUAACUUGUUUUCUAAUUCAUCCCACAAACCUGCUUUCUAGCCUUAAUUUCCUUUAUGUUUGGGAGCUGAAUUUCAUCUCCUAAAUGAGCGCAAGCCAAAGCCUUUUGUAAUAUGUAGGUGUAUACUUUUUCAGAGAAUUUUAUCUUAUAAUCAAACUUUAGUUUCAUAGGCCUUAUAAAAAUCAUAAUGCUGACAUAUUGUAUAUAAUAAUGAAACAUAACUGCACUUUAUAUCACACAAAAGACGUGCUCUUUUUAAUAUAUUUGUUUACAAACAGUGAA